ACCCCAAACUAAGCCCAAGAAAGGCAAAGCUGCAUUGCCUCUCAAGAGUGACAGAAGAAGGUCUAAGAGAUUCUUGGAAAUUCAAAAAUUGAGGGAAAACAAGAAAGAGUAUGACUUAAAAACAGCAAUAUCAUUGCUCAAGCAAAUGGCAAGCACAAAGUUUGUCGAAACAGCUGAAGCUCAUUUCCGUCUCAACAUUGACCCAAAAUACAAUGAUCAACAGCUGAGGGCAACAGUGAAUUUACCCAAGGGAACUGGACUGACGGUUAGAGUGGCUGUUCUCACUCAAGGUUUGAUACAUUCAUUUAUCUGCUCUGCCCCAACUACUGCUAUCCUUGGGAAACCAAAAGAGCUUCUGAAGGAUGGUAUCAACUCUUUCAAUCAUUUUCUGCUGCGUCCGGUGAAGUAAAUGUUGCAUCUGAUUUAAAGAAAUGUGGCAUCUUGUUGAAGACCGAAAGAAGGUUUGAUGAAUCUAGAUAUGAAGUGGCUUGAUGAUACUGUAUUGUUGUUGUUUCCUUGGUUCUGGUCGUGCUGCUUCUUUUAUCAAACUCUAUUUGCUUUUGUGCACGUGUCACAUAUAAAAGCUCAAUCGUAAAUUGACUGGUUUUAUGCUGAUGCUACUGUUGUUGCUGCUUUGGCUUUCUAGCCUUUCUGUGCAGCUAUUGCUAUCUUCUCAUGGUCUGUAUGUUGUAUCUGUUGUACAUAUGUUCAUGUCAGAUGUAAACGAGGCCUAGAUUGCCUAAAUGGUAUUGUCCUCAUCUUUUGCUUGCUUAGAUGA